AUGGCCGCUGUGAUCGGCGACCUUAUCUCAGACACCUCAUAUCCUCAUACCAUGAUUGCCAACCCCUCCCUUCAACAUCAUCACUCACACGACUCUUCCUCUUCCUAUCGAUCCGCCAGCCGAUCACGACGCUCCACUACCCCGCGAGCGCAGCGUACAGCAGAACUCGCCGACUUCAGCAGCAACCACAGCUCUGCGCCGUGGUCACACGCACCUGCAUCUGCAACUACGCCUGCAUCUGCAUCGGCUUCAGAGUCAACUUCUACUCCAGUGCCUGCGGGUCACGAAACCGCCCACGUGUCGGCCACUGACGGAGCCUCGCGCUUCCCCUCCCCGCCUCCGUCCUCAUCGCCCGCUGCUGCCACCGGCCCUGCUUAUGCCGAUGAUGCAAAGAGCCCGUCUAUGGCAUCUGACGCGAGGGACUCUGGUCCCCUAGGUCACGCUUCCCAGCCCGGCCCAGCUUCUCACAACUCUUCUGCUCAACAGCCAUCUCCUGCAUCCGACGACUUCCAAAUACCCAACCCUUCUUUUCCUCUCUCCAGCGCAUCGUCGCAAACGCCAACACAGACUGUCAUACACAUUCGUGACCUAGCGCAUAUUCAGAGUCUGGCCAGUGCCGACCAGCUAUCUGGCAAUGGCGGAUCCGGCAUACUCAAUGACCCGCCUCUUCAGCAGAUGAAGUAUGAGAUUAGUGGUAUGCCCAUAGGGGAUAUCAUCGAGAUGGUUGCUGCGUUACUAACAAAGAUCACGACCACCAACGAUUUGCAGCACGAUGCAUUGCAGCGCAAUGUUGCUCAUCAACAACAGGCCAACCAGUCUGGGGACACUAGUGGCAACUCGAUCUCAUCGUUGAACCAUUCAGUUCUCGCGUUUCACGGCAAGAAUGUCCCUGCUAUCACCAUUCUCAGCUACCUCUCAAGAAUACACAAGUACUGCCCCACUACCUACGAGGUUUUCCUCAGUUUGCUGGUAUACUUCGAUCGUAUGACCGAACGUGUCAAUGAUAUGGUCACGAGGAAUGAAGAGAACCGGCGGCAAACGCGGUCCCAGCAACCAAACGCAACUUCUCCUCAAGACACCCCUAUGCGCGGUGAGGGCAUGGAUGUGGACGAGAGUGACUCGGACCUGGCAGAUGACGACGAUGAGGAAAUGACCGACUCAACUCGACCAAGCCGGACAAGCAGCCAUAGGGGAGCUGCCACCCCUACUGAAUACAGUGGUAUUGCAGCGGCGACAUACUUUGUUGUCGACAGUUUCAAUAUACACCGGCUCAUCAUCUCUGGUGUGACGUGUGCAAGCAAGUUCUUCUCAGAUGUUUUCUACACUAACUCAAGAUAUGCCAAGGUUGGUGGCCUGCCGUUGGUUGAACUAAACCACCUCGAGCUCCAAUUCUUGCUCCUCAACGAUUUUCGAUUAGCCGUUCCAGUGGAAGAUCUGGAAGCGUAUGCGACUAUGCUUGUCGAAUUUUAUGCACGAGAAGUAGUUGCCAAGCAGGGGGCAACUGGAAACACUGAGUGA